AUGAAGCUCGCGCUGCUCGUCGGUUUCCUGUCCACGGGGUGCGCCCUCGUGAGCACGAAAGUGAGCACGACCGUGCGCGCGUCGUCGAGCGCGGUCCACUCGUGGCAGCCGAACAAGAACUUCAACGGUGAGAGCUCCGGCCGGUUGACGGACUUCGAGCGCUCCGCCCGCGCGGCGGGCGGCGGGGACCGCACCGUGACGAUCCCCAAGCCCCUCGGCCUCAUCCUCGACGACGACGCGAAUGGCGACGUCUUCGUCAAGGAGAUCGUCAAGGGCGGCAACGCCGAGGCCAUCGGCGGCGUCAAGGUCGGCGACACGAUCGCGAUGGCCUCCGCGACGUUCGGCGGCCAGAUGUGGUCCACGCGCGGCGUCGGCCUGCAGCGCGUCAUGCGCGCCGUCGAGGUCCGCGCCGGCGACGUGAGCCUCGUCGUCCAGUCCAAGGAGGAGAAGAAAAACGUGCUCUCGAACCUCUUCGGCGCGCGCCCGCGUCAACAAGACAAGAUCGACCGCGAACGCAUCGUCGCGGCCGAGCAGAAGCGCAAUACGCUCGAGGACGAGAUCAAGAACGAGCGCAAGGAGGCCGCCAAGGGCUGGUUCGGCCUGUUCUGAGCGCUGCGCGCGCGAAGCUCGAACCGCGCGGCGGCGCGGACGCGUCGUCGGCCCGUCGGCCCAAAAACGCGCGCAGCCCGAUGUUGUAU